UAAGUACUUUCUCUUGCGUUGAUUGUUUAUAAAGGUUCCCUGUUUGAAGAAUUGGUAAGAACAAUCGUCUUUUUAAAUGCAAGCAUGUUCAAACACUUAUGAUGAAUAUUUGAAUAAAAAACUCGCUAUGUCACAAUACAGAAGCUACUAUCGAUAGUUACUGGUAUGACCUUUACGAAUCAGUCACAGCAUGCUAAUGUCUGUUUUGAAUGAAUCCAAAAAAUUCUUGUUUGUGUGAUUCAAAAUCAGUUGGGAGGUUGAUGGACUGAAUUUUACGCAGCAAUAGGACUUGGUGAGCGAGUAGUCUUUUGGUUUUCGCUCCGUUGUGUUAAAUGCAAGGGAAAGAAUUUUGACAGUUAUUGGAAAAGAGCGAAGACUGAAAUAUGUAAAUGCAAAAUAGUAUUUUGUUGACGAUGGUCCAUAUUCGCAUUACGUAACCGCUGAACACGGAAAUGUUGCCGCCAUACGAAAUUAGCUUAGAGUUGGUAGUAUGUAAUGUGCGUCACAAAUUACAAGUGCGUAAUAUUGGAGAGUAAUAUUACAAUUAAAUCAGCUAUCUUUCGCAAGUAGUACAGGUAUCAGCGUCUUGUUUUCGCUGUUAGAUGAGAAAUUGUAGAGGGAUUGCGUGGUCGAGGUUAUGAUUGAACAAAUUGACCUGGGCCGCUUGUUGCUAAUUCAUCUAGAUACUGACUGCGUUUCUAGAAUAAAGUUAUAUUUACUGUCAUUCUCACCCUGUAACUGUAACUAAUAUCUAAUUCUAAUUCAACACAUGCCCGCUACUAACGGGAGGUAUAUUCUGUACAGCAUGUGAUUUUGAGCUUAAGUAAGCUUGUUUGUCGUAUUCAGUGUUAACAAGAAAGGAGUACCAUAAAUACCUGGUGAAGUUGGCCGAUUUUAGGGUGUAGUUUCAACUUAUGUCUGGUUCAAAAAAGGAGCAAACUUAUAGACUUGAGAGUAUCCUAACUUUUAUUGUUUUCGAAGAACUGAUAAUCAAUCGGACGCUUAGCAUUAAGAGUUCCAAAGGCCCUUUAAUUGAUUUUUGCUUCAGGGCUUAAAAUGAAUUUUUUUUUACAACUCAACGCAUCUGUAACAAUGAAUUGGUAAAUUUAUUAUCCUCAUAAUCGACAAGGACUCGCAACCCGAGCCAGGGGCCGUAGUUAGCCUCACGGUUCAAGCCGUGUUAUAGCCAUUGUUCUCCUUGGGGCAAAUUACGAAGAACUAUCCACGCCGGGACAUUGCUUGUAUCUUCGGAUUCAGUCUGAAAUAAUAAGCCCGUAGCGUGGGCCCCCUUGUGGUUGAUAUUCAAAAUAUAAAAUUUAAAAGUUUGCAAUAACAGAGUACUAACCGUUCAAAAUAAAUGUUGGUCACAACUUCCGAGAUACCUGUUUCAACAGCUAUGCAGUUUGCGACAUCGACGGUGAAUAUUAGUAACAAUGUUGCAUCAAUCACUAUGAAAUUAGAAGAUCGUAGCAAUGUAUUUUUGUGCCAGUUUGAUUCUCAGGUAAACUUGUCGAUACCAAUUAUAUCACUUACACUUGGGCUGAUUGGACACAUUGUCGGUAUCGUAUCAGUUUUAUACCGUAAAUUUCGUCCACUUCCUCUCAUGGUCUACGCAUCUGUUCGAAAGUUGAAUAUAAACGAGAGCACAGUGAACCACAUUGAAACAUCUUUGGGGGACGAAUCCUCCAACAAUCGAAAAGUAGAAUUUCACGGGAAAAAAACUCCGGCGAAAAAGUUUGGAGCUUUUCAUGUGUUUGCUUGUGCAUUGUUUGUCGUCGAUAUUUUCGGCAUUUUGAUGUCAUCGCCUGUUGAAAUUUACUUAUACUUUUAUGAGGAAAGCGUAGAGGCAAGUACCCGGAACCAAAUUUGCAGUUUAGUCAAAUUCACGACUGUGUUCAUUCCAAUUGCAACACUAUGUUUCAUAAUGUUGUGUGCUAUUGAAAGAGCAAUAUGUCUCAAAUAUCCGUUCUGGUAUCACGCAAAAGUAGAAAAACUUAUCGAUAAGGUUUUUUAUUUCAGCAUUAUUCUGGUAUUAUUUUUUGCUGCAUUAUCUUCAAUACCUGCCAGUGGCGUUGUGGGAGUUCCAACAAUAUAUCCUUGCCUGUUGUGUCUUCAAGUGCAAACAAAAGAUGAGAUUUUCAGUUACGUGAUUGCAAUAAUUGGAAUUAUUAUGAUGUUGAUUAUGACUGUAUGCAAUGUAUAUAGUUUUAUUGUGCUUUCGGUAAAACUGAAAAAAAAUAGCAGAAUGAUCACGAAUUAUAUAAACUGGAAAACGACAGAAAUUCAGAAAAUGAUACAAAAGAUAAUCAUAACAUGUAUUACUGUUGCAUGUUGGCUACCUUUUAUGAUCCAGUUACUGAUCUAUCAAGAUGAAGCGAAAUUAAACCGUCAGAACAAAAUAGCGAUGCAGUUGGCGGCGAUAAAUCUUAUUUUGAAUCCAUGGAUAUUCUGGCUGUUACGAACCAGUAACUUGAUUCGAUUUGUCAAUUUUGUGGAAUUCCGUUGCUUCCAUUUAAAACCUAAUCACGACGAUGAUUUCAUUUCCUCGAGAAAUUCGUUAUGCUCAGAGAACAAAUAUAACAAUACAGACAAAAUCGUGAAACCUCAAAACCAAAAAUAUUUGUGUCGAUGAUGCCUCUCAAUAAGUAAACUGAAAUGCCAUACAGCCUGUUUCUUUUUAGAAAAUUCGAAGUAAACAGCACUUGAUGUGGACAAUAAACAAAAAAGAAUCAUCCGUGAACGAUCUCUGCAAUUAUGAAGACAUAAUAUAAUAUUGAAGUUGUGGGUGAUCUAUAUUUCAUACAUGUAAUUUUGAAAAUAUUUAGGCCCACGAAAAGGAAUCUGGCAUUGGAAACAGUUAUUUACGUAAUCAAUGUGGACGAAUUUGCUGUACAGUGGAUAGAACGUGAACUGCAUACGCUAAUUCAAUAUUUUUGCAUAAACUGAAAUACCGCUCGUGUUUAAUAUACUAAUGCAAAAAUUCUAGAGAGCUAUACAACAAAUGAUAUACAAGACAAUUGCGAUAAAGUCAGGUGGUCACGGUAAUAAUGCACUUGACGCAUUGUAAUUAGAUUUAAGGUCAUGGAGUCACGUUUUUAAGACGCAACGAAAUUCUCAAUACACUCCUAUUCUACCUCAUUUUCAGAUUGUAAAUACAUUCAUGCAAAAUGAAUUAAGCAUAUGAAUGAAGUUAGUUUGCCGUUGUUGUUUGUUAGCUGUUGCCGACAAAUAUUCGAAUCUUUGUAGUGUACUUACGUUGUGAAAGGACCUAGUUGAUUAGAUAGACUAUUCUAUAGCAUUUUUGCCGGUGUUUGUUUAUCCCAAAUUUUAUUCGAGAACGAUUUUCUGAUUUAUUUACUGCGCUAUGGACCCGAAUUUUACACAUAUUUGAUAUUUAUUGUAAAAAAUAUAAAUUACUAUGCAGAUUUUUAUUUGAUUAUCAAUGCUGGUCAAUCAAUAGUUUUUACGUUUCAAUUAAAAAAGACACAAGCACUUUUAUAUCACCUACUAUAUUUUUAAUAUGGUUUCGUUUUUCAAUAAAUGGAAUAGACUCUCGUAAAAUGUUUUGAUCUGUUUUAUUUUGUUUUCUAUAUUGAGGUAUAACUGGAAAUUAAUAUUGUUCUAUUGUCAACAAGAUUAUAAACACGCAAGCCGCGAUAAACAAACGGUAAUUAAAAGCUGCGUGAUAACCUUGAAGUCUCCGAAGUUUGUGGUAGGAAAAGUUGAAGCAAAUCAAGGAUAUACCGGGUGCAAAUCUGCUGCAAAAAUAGCUUACAAACCUCAAGUACUGCCCGCGAGCAAUUCGCUAGUUAAUUGUCGUAAAGCGUCUCGAUGUUUAAUGUUUUCAAUUAGAUUACUGAAUUUGAACCUACUGUCAUUGCAAGUUCCUCUAUCUUUUAGUUUGGUUGCCACAUUGCAUUACGAUAAACGACUGCACAGUACAUUAUUUUGAAAUCGUCCCCGUUAUCCUCUGUUAAUGCGCUCUUGCAGAUAUGGAAUUUGUUUCAUACAUCCAUACUAAUCUUUUCAUAGCUCGCUAAAGAUGGCAACUGAUGAUACAUAACUAUAUUUCCUAUUUACGUGUAUAGAAAAGGUUGUGAAGUAGAAAUAUAAAAAUUCUCCAGGCUAUUCCCCAAGCUUAGUUGCCGCACGGCGCGGAGUGGCAAACGGACAAAAGGGCCGUUUUUCGCUAGAUUUAUAAACCCUCCUACUUGUUUCUUCUUCACGUGUAUGGAUAUGCAAACUCUUAUCCUGGUAUAUAUAAUUCUUAGUCUUGCAUGCCUAUAUGCAAGAGAGGGUAUUUCUAUUUUCUUGG